CUCCCGACGCAGCCGCUGCUACCGCCACCGCCGCCGAAACGCGCGGCCUCGAACGGCCCGGUCUGGAGCCCGCGCGCGCCGCGCUGUCCUGCUCGGGGUGGGGCACAGCACUCGCGCCCUGACGCUUGGGCAGAGGGCCCCCCUGGCUUUCUUGAGGUCUGGUGGUCCCGGGGCUCCUUCCUCACGGCCCCGGACUGAGUCCCCUCCAGUCGGAGACCCUCUAAAGUCCACUAAGGAGGAGUGAACACCUGCCGCUGUUAUCUCCCUAAAACAGGAUCAUCUCUAUGCCGUCUCCUCACACCCACGCAGACAGCAGAGCUUCACGAUCCUGAUUUGCCCUCUUUCCCAAAUCUAGAACCUUCUGACCUUCGCUAGUUCCUACUGGCUCCUGCCCCUUGCCUGGUCCACCCUCGCGGACAGAAAUCCCUGCGGGCCCCUUCCUGACCACCCUCCUCUCUUCACUGCUCCCCACCCUCAGCCCUUUCCCCUCGAUCCCCUCGUCUUCUCUUGGAACCCUGCCUAACCAGGGGACAGUGGGUACCUCCUACCCAGGAUGUGAGCCCCUUUUAACCUGUAAUGCUGUGGCUGGCCUUUGGCCCCUUCCAUGCCAUGGAGAACCAGAUGCUGGUGAUUCGCAUCAAGAUUCCAAAUAGUGGUGCGGUGGACUGGACAGUGCACUCCGGGCCGCAGUUACUCUUCAGGGAUGUGCUGGAUGUGAUAGGCCAGGUUCUGCCCGAAGCAACAACCACGGCAUUUGAAUAUGAAGAUGAAGAUGGUGAUCGAAUUACAGUGAGAAGUGAUGAAGAAAUGAAGGCAAUGCUGUCAUAUUAUUAUUCCACAGUAAUGGAACAGCAAGUAAAUGGACAGUUAAUAGAGCCUCUGCAGAUAUUUCCAAGAGCCUGCAAGCCUCCUGGGGAACGGAACAUACAUGGCCUGAAGGUGAACACCCGGGCUGGACCCUCUCAACACGGCAGCCCAGCAGUCUCUGAUUCACUUCCAAGUACUAGCUUAAAGAAGUCUUCUGCUGAACUGAAAAAAAUAUUAGCCAAUGGCCAGAUGAAUGAACAAGACAUACGGUAUCGAGACACUCUUGGUCAUGGCAAUGGAGGCACAGUCUACAAAGCCUAUCAUGUCCCAAGUGGGAAAAUAUUAGCUGUAAAGGUCAUACUACUAGAUAUCACACUGGAACUUCAGAAGCAAAUUAUGUCUGAAUUGGAAAUUCUUUACAAGUGUGAUUCAUCAUAUAUCAUAGGGUUUUAUGGUGCAUUUUUUGUAGAAAACAGGAUUUCAAUAUGUACAGAAUUCAUGGAUGGGGGAUCUUUAGAUGUAUAUAGAAAAAUUCCAGAGAAUGUUCUUGGAAGAAUUGCAGUAGCGGUUGUUAAAGGCCUUACCUAUUUGUGGAGUUUGAAGAUUUUACACAGAGAUUUGAUUGAGAUGAUAUAUGUGAAAGUACUUCAUAAACUAUCAAAUGCUAAUAAUGCAGAUGUGAAGCCUUCCAAUAUGCUAGUAAACACGAGAGGACAGGUCAAGCUGUGUGACUUUGGAGUUAGCACUCAGCUGGUGAAUUCUAUAGCCAAGACGUAUGUUGGAACAAAUGCUUAUAUGGCGCCUGAAAGAAUUUCAGGGGAGCAAUAUGGAAUCCAUUCUGAUGUCUGGAGCUUAGGAAUCUCUUUCAUGGAGCUUGCUCUUGGGAGGUUUCCAUAUCCUCAGGCCUCUCCUCAGCCAUCAAAUGAAAGACUGGUGCCAUUUCUGUCUGUUGCAGGGGAGAAACAUCAGAUUCAGAAAAACCAGGGAUCUUUAAUGCCUCUCCAGCUUCUGCAGUGCAUUGUUGAUGAGGAUUCGCCUGUCCUUCCGGUUGGAGAGUUCUCCGAGCCAUUUGUACAUUUCAUCACUCAGUGCAUGAGAAAACAGCCAAAAGAAAGGCCAGCACCUGAAGAACUGAUGGGCCACCCAUUCAUCGUGCAGUUCAAUGACGGAAACGCCACCGUGCUGUCCAUGUGGGUGUGCAGGGCGCUGGAGGAGAGGCGGAGCCAGCAGGGUCCCCCGUGAGGCCUCGGGGCACUGACGGCCCAGAACUGGUCACCAAGGGGAAACCCGCCUGUUGUACCCCCUUUCUGUUUGCUGUCUGCGCCAGAAGAGCUUUGCUGGGCCCAGGCUGCCCUGCUCUCAGCUGCCACCCUGCCAGCAGAUGGCCUUGCCUAGGGCGGCCUCUGGGGCGUCCAGCCCCUGCUGGGGCAUGCCCCCCCCACUCCAACCUGGACGCACCGACUGAGGGUGGGUGGAGGCGUGGGACGUCAACAAUGGAGGCUCCCGCAUCACUGAUGAGAAUAAAAGUAGUGCUGCUUUGUGGCC